AUGAACAGGGAAAAGGACCCAGACAGGUUUUGUGAGGGGUCGGUGAAGCUGAUCUCGGAGGUAUCCCAGCGUGUCCAGGACAACGCCCGCAGCCAUGACAACCACCUGCAGCUGCGGCGGGUGCAGAGACUGCUGAAGGGGAGAAAGACCAAAGUGGAAGCUCCAGGACGCUGGUACCUGCGUGAGGGCUGGCUGCGUAUCGUCCCCCCUAAAGGAGCAGAGGUCAAACCCAAGAUGUUCUUCCUGUUUAGUGAUGUCCUUCUCCAAGCCAAGCCCUGCCACCCUCUCCAUCCCACCAAUGGAGAUAAGUUUGCUGGCCAGAGAGUCUACCCACUGAAGGACUGUACUGUGGACAAGGUGUUUGGGCACACCCAGAGCCAGGGUGGCCUUCUCAGUUUGACCUUCCCUAAAGCCAAGCUGCUGCUGAUGUCCAGCGAUCAGGAUGAUAUCAACGACUGGUAUUACAGCCUGGGUUCUGCUGUAGGACAGUUGAAGUCCAGGAACACAGUGGUCCAUCACAGAGAUGAUCUGGUCAGGAGACCUCUACGCUGCUUUGUAGAGGACCAGAAGAACCAAACGACCCCCUCCACACCACCCACAGGUACCACCCCAGGGAGGAAGAGGAUGGCCCCCCCUCCACCCCAGACCCCCUCCAGACCGAAUUCUCCAGCAGAAGCAGAGGGCAGCGCAUCCAAGAGGAUGAAGCUGACUGGGGGGCCAGCUGAGAGUGAACCGGCCAGGUCAAGCUGUGUGAUCCUGUGAAGGACCAAGAACUUAAGAGAUCCUUGCUCUUUCUCACAAACCAAGCAAGUCAAACAGAUAAGCGUUAAUGGUGGGGAUAUGGGAGGUAGUUAGAUACUGGAGAAUUAGUUUAAUGGGGAGAGAUAAGAGGUAGCUAGAUACUGGAGAAUCAGGUUAAUGGGGAGAGAUGGGAGGUAGUUAGAUACUGGAGAAUUAGGUUAAUGGGGAGAGAUGGGAGGUAGUUAGAUGCUGGAUAAUUAGGUUAAUGGGGAGAGAUGGGAGGUAGUUAGAUACUGGAGAAUUAGGUUAAUGGGGAGAGAUGGGAGGUAGCUAGAUACUGGAGAAUCAGGUUAACGCUGGGAUAUGAGGAGAGAUGGGAGGUAGCUAGAUACUGGAGAAUCAGGUUAAUGGGGGUGUAGUUAGAUACUGGAGAAUCAGGUUAAUGGGGGUGUAGCUAGAUACUGGAGAAUCAGGUUAAUGGGGGUGUAGCUAGAUACUGGAGAAUCAGGUUAAUGGGGGUGUAGUUAGAUACUGGAGAAUCAGGUUAAUGGGGGUGUAGUUAGAUACUGGAGAAUCAGGUUAAUGGGGGUGUAGUUAGAUACUGGAGAAUCAGGUUAAUGGGGGUGUAGCUAGAUACUGGAGAAUCAGGUUAAUGGGGGUGUAGUUAGAUACUGGAGAAUCAGGUUAAUGGGGGUGUAGUUAGAUAC